GAGAGUAGUGUGGGAAUGGAUCUAACCUCACUUUGUCAUAUGCAAAAACAUGUCAUCACAUAGUUUAAUGUUGUGACUAAUUUGUGGUUUGUGGGAAUCGCGUUGGAUUCACGUAAUAAUAAUAAUUCAACAAAACAAAUUAUAUUUAUAAAUAGUCACUUGGCAGUGGUAAUAUUAGUAGUAUAUUUUUAACUCUAGCUAUUAGUGAUGAAUGAUGCUCAUGUGAUGUGUUGUAAUUGUUGAUGGAUUCAACUGUGAUGAUUCUGAUUGACCAAACCAUGUUGAUUUGAAUGACUACUUUCUGGCAUAUUUUUUUGGUGUAUGCAAAUAACAAGGACUUUGCUUUUUUAAUUGAAUUGGAUUCCUGCUUGGGGAAUUGAAUUCUUAUUCUUCUCUAGUUUCAUUUUUGGAGCUCCUUAAACCUUGUCUUGGUUGGAUAACUUCCAUUCAGUUUCACUCUGUUUUGUAACUCUGUUUCAUCAUUUCCCUCUCCAUUUCUUGGUUCUUCUGGUUGGUAAAGGAAAAAUGAAUGCAUUAGCAGCUACCAACAGGAAUUUUAAGUUAGCUUCUAGGCUUUUGGGAUUGGAUUCAAAGCUUGAGAAAAGUUUAUUAAUUCCAUUCAGAGAAAUCAAGGUUGAAUGUACUAUACCUAAAGACGACGGCACGUUGCAAUCUUAUGUUGGAUUCAGAGUUCAACAUGAUAAUGCUAGAGGUCCUAUGAAAGGAGGAAUCAGAUACCAUCCUGAGGUUGAUCCUGAUGAAGUGAAUGCAUUAGCACAACUAAUGACAUGGAAAACAGCUGUAGCAAAUAUACCAUAUGGUGGUGCCAAAGGAGGGAUAGGGUGUAACCCUUCAGAAUUAAGUAUAUCUGAGUUAGAGAGACUUACCAGAGUUUUUACUCAGAAAAUUCAUGAUCUCAUUGGAACUCACACCGAUGUGCCUGCACCUGAUAUGGGAACUGGACCACAGACCAUGGCAUGGAUACUAGAUGAAUAUUCAAAAUUUCAUGGCUACUCUCCUGCAGUAGUGACCGGAAAACCUAUUGAUCUUGGUGGAUCUCUAGGUAGAGAUGCAGCUACAGGAAGAGGAGUCCUGUUUGCAACAGAAGCUUUGCUUAAUGAGUAUGGAAAGACUGUAUCUGGACAACGGUUUGUCAUUCAGGGUUUUGGAAAUGUAGGAUCUUGGGCUGCACAAUUAAUUGAUGAAAAAGGUGGAAAAGUUGUUGCUGUGAGUGACAUAACUGGAGCCAUAAAGAACAGCAAAGGUCUUGAUAUCCCAAGCCUACUCAAGCAUACCAAAGAGCACAGAGGAGUAAAAGGAUUCCAUGGUGGUGAUUCAAUUGAUCCUAGCUCAAUAUUGGUUGAAGAUUGUGAUGUUCUAAUCCCAGCAGCUCUCGGGGGUGUCAUCAAUAGGGAAAAUGCAAAUGAAAUCAAGGCAAAAUUUAUAGUUGAAGCAGCAAAUCACCCAACUGACCCAGAUGCUGACGAGAUUCUAAAGAAAAAAGGUGUUGUCAUCCUCCCAGACAUAUAUGCAAAUUCAGGAGGUGUUACAGUUAGCUACUUUGAGUGGGUUCAGAACAUCCAAGGGUUCAUGUGGGAUGAGGAGAAGGUGAACAAUGAGCUAAAGACAUACAUGACCAAGGCUUUCAAAGAUGUGAAAGAGAUGUGCAAAACUCAUGAAUGUGAUCUUCGAAUGGGAGCUUUCAGCUUGGCAGUUAACCGUGUGGCAAGGGCUACUGUCCUUAGGGGUUGGGAAGCUUGAGAUCUUGUAGCUGCUGCUUUGAAUAAAAGAUAGCUUUAGUCUCAGUUAACUUAUUCUUGCUGUCAAAAAGUUUUUGCUGCUUUCAUGUGUUUAGCUUGGGUGAACUAUGUUUUCACCCCAAGGUUUAUUGGAUCCAUUUCGUAUCUGAUUUAUCACAAAUUGAAGAAGAGCAUUCUAUGUACUUUUCUUAGAUUAAUUAAUAUUCCAUUUACUUAUUGCUUA